GGCACACUGGCUGCUCCCCAGGUUAAUGUAUUGGGUCGUCAAGGAAGCAGGUCUUGCUGUCAACACCAAAAAAUAGCAGACUGAGCCUGCGGUUAAUUGUGUUUUCAUGAAAGUAUAGUAAUAUAAUGCAACCAAACACAGACAGGGGAACAGGACAAUACAGCAGCUAAGAUUAAGUGUGAUCAUCAAGUGAAUUUUAAGAGACGAAAACACAAACACUACAUGAAUAGCACGUGUCUUUUCCUUUAGGGCAAUGAGUGAGUGCAUGCAUAAUGAUAUGACACCUGCUUUGUCUUUCAAGUCAACUGCACAUAAAAUUAAAUGGCUUUGAAACUGGUUUAAAGUGGGUUUCAGCCAGCAUGAAGAGAAGACCUACACAACCACAGGACUCUAUACUCAGUUAUGUAAAUAAAAGAGCUGCUUCCGUCCUCAGAGGCUAGCGAGAGACUCUCAGUGCCAUGUCGGGUUCUGCUUCCUCCCCUCCCCCUCGUCUGCAGUGCUGACGCAUCUGCUGCUUUUGCAUCAAUCAGCAGCCUCUAUAUAGGUAUACCCAGAGUCUCCGCUGAUAGCGGGACUGUCUUUUUCCUGUGUUUAGCUUGCACGAUCACUGCAACUGUGAGAAAAAGCAUCGAUGAACAUCUGUCCUGUGACUGCUGGAUACACAAUAGGACAGUAGUCAUUGCCAUCUUCCCUCGGGUUCUGCAUUACCUAACCACAGUGACUGCGUAAGCACGGACGAAGGGCUUUGGUGUAAUAUACUGCUGCACAGACAGAGACUGAGUGCACAAGCAUGAAACAGAUGGUGUAGCGUUAUGCAUUCAACGUGCAUGUUGUUUCUGCGAAGGCUACGGGUGAUUUUGUUUCAAAUGAGUGUUUUUCUGCAAAAGUAAUUUUUCCUUUUGCUCACCAUCGAGGUACAUCAGGAUUUGGCUGGUGUUGUGCUGAGGAGAUUUAAUACAGCAUUUGUUGUACAGCAGAGGACCUCUCACUCUAUGCUGCUACCAGCAAUGCAGCUGAGCAUUUUCCCUGACUGUAGCAUCGAGUACAGAGCUGAUGUGUGAUGUAGCACCCAGCAUCUCUCCGCUCUCCCCACAGCACUCUGCCAUGCUUAAUAAAAGUUGCCGUUUCCUGCUCAGUGGCUACAGUGCGAACGCUUCAGUAGCCCAGCUAACACAAAGGCAGACCCAUACUCUGGAUUAGCUAUGCUGUAUAAACUGUGAGUUUUUCCUAUAGCUGUAGCAGGACAGAAGAGGGACAGUCAGAGGAGGGCAGGGUAGAUCUAGCCCAGGACCUGGGCUGCAUGGAUAGAGGCGAAGGACGUUGGAGCUGGAGUCAUCUGCACACAGAGAGGGAGGGAGAGGAAGAAAGACGUCAGAAAAAGCUCUGCUUCUGACAACACCACUGUUCAGCGACCAUCAUAGAAAGAAAACUACUUUCGCCUUGCUCUGACGAAAUUGUUUUUCAUGUAUAGUUGUCUAUACUGAGGGCUGUUCAAAAGGGAUACUGCAUGACACUGUUUCCUGUUCGCCCUGCAUCAUUUUCUCUGAUUUACUAAGAUGACAGUGGUGUCCCCAUGCACUCAGAAUCUGAUGGAUAGUGCUCACCCUCACACCGUACUUAGCAAGCUGAAUGAGCAGCGCUCACAGGGCCUCUUCUGUGAUGUUACCAUUGUGGUGGAGGAUGUUAAGUUUCGUGCCCACAAGAACAUCUUGGCAGCCUGCAGUGGGUACUUCAGGAACGCUUUGACAACUCCUGAGACAUGGAGCUCCAGCCAAGUGCUGGAGCUGAUGGACCUGAAGUCAGAGGUGUUUGCCAGUAUCCUCAACUUCAUCUACUGCUCAAAGGUGACAUCACCUGCUGUAGAGGACACAGGGGGACUAGUUGCAGCUGGAAAAAGACUUGGAAUCCCUUUUUUAGAGAAGCUCGCAGAACAAGAGAAAAAGGACAAAUGUGUUAAAUCGGCAGACUCUAGCACAGCCCCAGUGUCUAAAAUAACUAAGAAGGAGGCUCCCAGGCCUGAGGAGAUAGACAGUGCCAGAGGACCACGCAUCACCAAUGCCUUCUCUAUCACUGAAGUGUGUCCUGGAAACAAUCCUUUCACCCCUCUGGUACAACCCAGUGGGGAGAGGCAGUCACCAGAUGUGGGACAGCUCCCAUCAAGUUGCCCUACAACGUCCUGCCUCAGCGGGAACAAUGAGACCACCCACGCCCUCUCAGAGCACUCAUAUGCAGUGAGCAAAUCUACUGAAAGCAAAGACAGCAGUCAGCCGGACAUUAAGAAAGUCUGUAAGCCAGCAAUAUUACAGCCAAAGCAGCUCCUUUACAAGAACACAGGCCCGCUUAAAAAGCGUCACAGGCUGAGAGGCAUUGUGGGUAAAACAAUACUUCCAGCACCAGCUGAACCACAAACAGAUAAACCAAAUACAAUAACCUCCACAUUAGCUGAUGACGUUACUGCUGUUGCAGUCAUGACACCACCUCCACUUUUUUCAGGGGUAGAAACAGAAAAGAGUGUGGACCCCGGGCUACCCACAGCCACUGACAAUGUUCAGAUGGAGUUAGGUCCACCAGCCCUUUCCCCUCACACAGAGGACAGCAUCUCAAUCUAUGGAUGCGAGCACUGUCCAGAGAUAUUCACAAAUAAAGCUCUUCUCACCGUUCACUCAGAAGUACAUAAAAAACGUUUCGUCAGUCAUUUAUUUUGCAAGUUUUGUCACAGAAAGUUCAUACACCUCAAACGGCUGCGCAACCAUGAACAGAUCUGUCCUAAAGCUGUAAGAGAUCCACCUAAACUAGAUGCCACUGACAUACCAGCCAAAGAGGUGGACCUCCAUUCAGAUGACAUGCCGACCAUUGAGAGCAUCGUGACACAGCUUCCCCCUGCUGACCUCUCCAGCCCUUGCACCCCGGAGCCCCUUCAAGUGGACCAAUCAGAGCUUCAACAGGAAGAGAGGGUCGUGAGGCCAGGUGGCAGUCAGAGGAGAUACAACUGCAGUGUGUGUAAACGGGUCUAUGUCACCCUGUCCAGUCUGAAGCGGCAUGAGAAUGUACAUUCCUGGCAGAGGGCCUAUCCCUGUCACUAUUGUAAUAAAGUGUUUGCUUUGGCAGAGUACCGUACAAAGCAUGAAAUCUGGCACACAGGUGAAAGACGUUAUCAGUGCAUUUUCUGCCUGGAGACAUUCAUGACAUACUAUAUCUUGAAGAACCAUCAGAAGUCUUUUCAUGGCAUUGAUCCCAGUUUAGCUGUUAAGAAAAAAUCUGCCAAUGGUGGGUUGAAAGCCAGUGUUUACCCAAUCAAGCUCUACAGGCUUCUGCCUAUGAAGUUUAGAAAGAGAAAAUACAAGACGUACAGUCAGACAUACUCAGAGAGUGUUGAAAGAGGUGACCAAGCUCCACAAGACAGCAGCUCUCUUAUCCCUCCAUUUGAAGAAAAUGGCCUGAUCAGCCACCCUGACACUGUGUCAUUGCCUCUGACAUUCAUGGCAACGACAAAGACGAUGGCUCCUGUCAUGCCUCGCAUUACCUUUGACAAGCCAUGUGACCAAGAUAUUGACGAAAGUCUGAGCAGUGAAUUGGAAAUUCCAAGAGGCACAAGAAAAGAGGCUGAGAAUAGAGAUUCCCCCUUCAUUAACUACAACAGUACGUUCUCUUUGCAACCCGAUACAGAGGGUUACAAAGGUGAUCCUCCAGUGCUAAUGAACUCAGAAUACAUCGGUCAUAAUGUGCCACUCUUAAACUCUUUGAACACUGUUAAAAAGUUAGGUGAGCUAUCAGCCUCUGCAAAAAGAGUGGAGGAUAUGACCAAGGAGAUACUUCAGUCAAGCACUGAGACUCUAGUGCGUGAUAAAACGGUGGGCGCAAAGACAGAAACAUAUAUUGCCAAACCUGCAUGCCCAGGUCCAUCAGUGGACGGUGAUACCAUGCCACUCUGUCAGAUAACAGUGAAAAUAGGCAAUGAAGCCAUCAUCCGCCGCCGAAUCAAAGGAUCCAAGCUCUUCCCCAGAAAAAAAAGGAGAGUAAGAGAACUGAGGGACGACGAGAGCCCAAGUCAGUGCCCUUCAACAAGAGAAAGCUCAGAGAGCCCCAGGCUCCGCCUUAGACCUGAAGUCACUGUCACCAAAAGGCCAGAGACAUACGAUGAUCCUAAUGACUGUGACACAGGUGAUAAGCUUUGGCGUCCCUACUAUUCUUACAAAGCUAAAAAGAAAAGGAAGAAGCUGCGAUUCAAGCACAGAAAAGCUUUGUUCCACCGUUAUCCUGAAACAACUGUAGAUAGAGAUGCUGCCACUGAGGCCCACCUUGACAGAAGUAAUUGGCUGACAGAAGAGUUCAUCUCAGGUGGUAGUGCAGAGGUGAAACGUAGCCUUACCAGGAACUGCAGCCCGAGGGCCACCUACAACUGUGACAUCUGUGAUAGCUCUUUCAUCACAGAGACCGGUCUGAGAGCUCACGUUAUUGGUUCCCACCCAUGUUUCUGCAGGACCUGUGGUAAACAAGGUCCCCCUGGUGAAGCACCCGCUGGCGGUGAUUACAUCUGCAACAGUUGUAUGGAAAAUGGCUCCUGCUUUGACAAUACACCCCGGAGCCCCAACCCAGAAAAGAAGUAUCGCUGCUCCUUCUGUCCCCAGCGUUUCCUCUACCUUGCCACCAAGAGAAGCCAUGAGAAAAAACACCAAGAGACAAAUGAGGAGGAAUAUAACUAUGACAACUUUACACCAUGCAUUAAAUACCUAGGUGAAGACAAUAAACAAGACACCAUCAAAACAGAAGACGGUGACAAUCAAGGGGGCACUGACAUAAAAAGUGAAAGGGGAGACGGAGGACAUUUUAUCAUUGAUAAAAUUAAACCUAAAAUUGAGGACACAACUGACUUUAUGUCUUUGACUACAUACCAAGACAUGUCAUAUUCCAACAUUAAAAAUCCAUUAUCACCCUGCAUUGACCCACUGUUUUCCCUGACAUCCUCGAAGGUGAAACAUAAAAUGGUGAAAAAAAGGAUCAACGCACUGCAUUCCAUGCAUCUCAUCUCAAAAAAGCAAGCCCGUGACAGAGACAGCGAUAGCAACAAGGAUAUUUUGACGGGGCCAGCAACAAACAGUCACAAUGAGACAUCCUGUAAACUGUUUAGGAAAAAUGACUCUGAGACUAAAGGUACCCACAUUUCUAUACACAAGCCAGAGAAAUGGGUCUGCAAAGAGGAACCAUUUUUUUAAAGAUUGUUGAAGGACAGCGAUCAACUAUAGGCAAAAGUGAAAGUGAAUACAAUUUGACUGAGCCACUGCUUUGGUUAGGAGAUGUAGAAUUUGUAAUUUGCAGCUGAGCUCAAUAAAAUGUUUGGAAUAGAUGUCACCAAACAUGAGGAUCUAAUACCAGUGUGGGCUGUAAUUGUUUCCCUCCUCAACUCAACAACUGAGUGAUUUUUCACCUUUGUAAAAGAUUUUUUUUUGGAUAAUAUAGGAUAUUCUGACACAAACUGUACUUUGUCCAUUGUCUAUGCAUAUAAGGCAGACUCAGUGACAUGACUGUAACCUCAAGAAGAGAAAUGAAUGUUGGUAACAUUUCUAGUGUGCAGUUUCAGAACAGGGGUGGCAUGUGUUGGACAACUGAAAACUGACUAGUGUAGUGACAUCUUCACUUUUUAAAAUAAGUCUGGGGAAAACAAUAUGAAUUUUAUGACUGUCACAUUUUUUAAUCUCCUGUUCAGUUAACUGGGCAUGGUGAGUUGCACUUUAUAGUCUGACUAUGCUAAUGUGUUGGUUAAAUACUUUGAUAAUCCAAUUUCACUUCUAAACACCAUUGAUAUACUUCUAAUUUCUAAUUAACACAUGGCACCAUUGAGUUAGUACUUUUGUGUGUUUAAUAUGUAUAAAACAUGUAAAACUAUUUAAUAAAUGUUGUUGAUAUUCUAAACAA